AUGCAACUGUGUUGGUCAGGUGCAUCUUCAGCUUUUGUAACUUUUGAAGAAUAUAGAGCGGAAACCUAUGUGGACGAUGAGGAGCCACUUUUGGACUCGGGAACAAGCAUCGAAAUACACACAGACAACGAGUUUACUCCUAAUGGAGCUGAUCGGGAAGAUGACCAACUGCGCAAAGGCCCUGAGAUGGCAUUCUCGAGAGAAGUUAACACCAACAUGUGGGAUUGGGUAACUGUGGAAGAAAGUAAUGUAGAUGAGAAUGAUGUGUCGCAGCAAACUCAGGUUAUGAACGCCAGUCCGGUGCUUCCUCACACCGAUGGCAGUGGUCCAAUAUUUUCAUCCGUUAAUGCUACAUUCACCAUCAGGGAGCCAUUAUUAGCACCGGAUCUAAGUUUGCAGCAGAGUGUAGUAGAGUAUAGUGUUGAGAACAAACAUCUACACGUACUAGGCAAUACAUCGCCAAACAAUUCCAGUGUCGCCGAUUUCUGGCUACCGAACGUACAGGACUCACAUGACAAUAACGCAGAAAUUUAUGCGGUUGGGAAAGAUGAGGGACUGAUAGAUAACGGGGUGGCGUCUCUGGAUGCAGUUGUGAGAUCGCCACUGCGUGAUGAAAAAUGGAAUCCAUCACCUCGCAAUAUGCAUUCAAGAAUAGUCUGGGACGGUUCGAUUGCGUCUCUUGGUAAUUAUGCGGAUAUUGCAACCUCGAAUGAUUCGUCUAUGAGUCACAUUUUAAAUAGCCCUAACCGUCACCUGAGGCGUGCCGACGAUACAGCUAUUACCGGACAAUCAAUUAUUACGUCGUCCGAGGAGGCACAUAUUCCAACUGCAGGGCUGCAAUGUAUACCCGUUUCACGUGACAGAUCUAUGCUUGUGUUGCAUAGGAAAGAACUUGUCAGCAGUAGCGAGGAGUCCAAUGUCUCACAGACGAAUGAAAACGCCACUACAUAUCACAGUAUGAGUGGCGGAGAUGGUAUGCUAUUCGAACGCGUGGCGGAGAAACAAGCUUUCCACGGCAUCACCGAUGUUAUAUCCGAUUCGCGGCGAAACGAGGUGUAA